AUGUCAUGGUAUCCCUGCUAUAGCAUCAUCAGAAUGUCAUGGUAUCCCUGCAAUGUAUCAUUAGAAUGUAAUGGUAUCCCUGCUAUAGCAUCAUCAGAAUGUCAUGGUAUCCCAGCUAUAGCAUCAUCAGAAUGUCAUGGUAUCCCAGCUACAGCAUCAUCAGAAUGUCAUGGUAUCCCAGCUACAGCAUCAUCUGAAUAUCAUGUUAUCCCUACUAUAGCAUCAUCAGAAUGUCAUGGUAUCCCAGCUACAGCAUCAUCAGAAUGUCAUGUUUUCCCUGCUAUAGCAUCAUCAGAAUGUCAUGGUAUCCCAGCUACAGCAUCAUCAGAAUGUCAUGGUAUCCCAGCUACAGCAUCAUCAGAAUGUCAUGGUAUCCAUGCUACAGCAUCAUCAGAAUGUCAUGGUAUCCCAGCUACAGCAUCAUCAGAAUAUCAUGUUAUCCCUGCUAUAGCAUCAUCAGAAUGUCAUGGUAUCCCAGCUAUAGCAUCAUCAGAAUGUCAUGGUAUCCCAGCUACAGCAUCAUCAGAAUGUCAUGUUAUCCCUGCUAUAGCAUCAUCAGAAUGUCAUGGUAUCCCAGCUACAGCAUCAUCAGAAUGUCAUGGUAUCCCAGCUACAGCAUCGUCAGAAUGUCAUGGUAUCCAUGCUACAGCAUCAUCAGAAUGUCAUGGUAUCCCAGCUACAGCAUCGUCAGAAUGUCAUGGUAUCCCAGCUACAGCAUCAUCAGAAUGUAAUGGUAUCCCAGCUACAGCCUCAUCAGAAUGUCAUGGUAUCCCAGCUACAGCAUCGUCAGAAUGUCAUGGUAUCCCAGCUACAGCAUCAUCAGAAUGUCAUGGUAUCCCAGCUACAGCAUCUACAGAAUGUCAUGGUAUCCAUGCUACAGCAUCAUCAGAAUGUCAUGGUAUCCCAGCUACAGCAUCAUCAGAAUAUCAUGUUAUCCCUGCUAUAGCAUCAUCAGAAUGUCAUGGUAUCUCAGCUAUAGCAUCAUCAGAAUGUCAUGGUAUCCCAGCUACAGCAUCAUCAGAAUGUCAUGUUAUCCCUGCUAUAGCAUCAUCAGAAUGUCAUGGUAUCCCAGCUACAGCAUCAUCAGAAUGUCAUGGUAUCCCAGCUACAGCAUCGUCAGAAUGUCAUGGUAUCCAUGCUACAGCAUCAUCAGAAUGUCAUGGUAUCCCAGCUACAGCAUCGUCAGAAUGUCAUGGUAUCCCAGCUACAGCAUCAUCAGAAUGUAAUGGUAUCCCAGCUACAGCCUCAUCAGAAUGUCAUGGUAUCCCAGCUACAGCAUCGUCAGAAUGUCAUGGUAUCCCAGCUACAGCAUCAUCAGAAUGUCAUGGUAUCCCAGCUACAGCAUCUACAGAAUGUCAUGGUAUCCAUGCUACAGCAUCAUCAGAAUGUCAUGGUAUCCCAGCUACAGCAUCAUCAGAAUAUCAUGUUAUCCCUGCUAUAGCAUCAUCAGAAUGUCAUGGUAUCCCAGCUAUAGCAUCAUCAGAAUGUCAUGGUAUCCCAGCUACAGCAUCAUCAGAAUGUCAUGUUAUCCCUGCUAUAGCAUCAUCAGAAUGUCAUGGUAUCCCAGCUACAGCAUCAUCAGAAUGUCAUGGUAUCCCAGCUACAGCAUCGACAGAAUGUCAUGGUAUCCAUGCUACAGCAUCAUCAGAAUGUCAUGGUAUCCCAGCUACAGCAUCGUCAGAAUGUCAUGGUAUCCCAGCUACAGCAUCAUCAGAAUGUCAUGGUAUCCCAGCUACAGCAUCGUCAGAAUGUCAUGGUAUCCCAGCUACAGCAUCAUCAGCAUGUCAUGGUAUCCCAGCUACAGCAUCAUCAGAAUGUCAUGGUAUCCUAGCUACAGCAUCAUAUGAAUGUCAUGUUAUCCCUGCUAUAGCAUCAUCAGAAUGUCAUGGUAUCCCAGCUACAGCAUCAUCAGAAUGUCAUGGUAUCUCAGCUACAGCAUCAUCAGAAUGUCAUGGUAUCCCAGCUACAGCAUAA